AUGGUCAACAUCCCAGCAUUCGAGGACUUGGUAGUGACUAUUGAUGGCGUUGUGGCCACCAUCAGACUCAAUAGGCCCAAGAGUCUCAACUCUUUUAGGCUUGAAACUUAUGGAGAGCUCGCGAAAGCUCUGAACGUCAUUAACUCCAUUCCUGAAAUCACUAUUACAGUUAUAACUGGAACUGGUAAAUUCUUUUCUUCUGGUAUGGAUCUUGCGGCUGCAGCUGCCAGAAAAAUCAUCGCAGAUCCAGUUGAACAUAAAGAGGCUAGAUGGAAGGAAUUGACUGGUGGUGGCGUCGCAUUGAUAUUCGCGCUAAUUGAGCAUACCAAGGUUACUGUUGUUGCUUUGAAUGGUGGUGCAAUAGGUUAUCCAGGUGCUUGGAUUGGAGGUGCUGAUAUCAUUGUGGCUAGUGACAAGGCAUAUCUCUAUCUCCCAUUCAUGAAACUCGGGCUCUCCGCUGAAACCGGCGUCACCCACACAUGGACUGCCCGAGCAAACGAAGGGUUUGCAGCUGACUUCCUCUACACAAACAAGCGUAUGACUGUCAAGGAACUUGGUUUGAAGGGAAUCCAACGAGUUUGGCCAGACGCUGAAUUCGAUGCUAAACUAAAGGAGAUGAUUGAUGAUAUGAAGACUGGUAAUGCGAGGUCUAUGCUGGAGGCUAAGAAAUUGAUGAAGGAUCCUAGUAGGAUUGCAUAUCGGAAUAGUGUUAUGCUUGAGACUUUGUACAUGGUGAAUAGGCCAGCUGGAGCUUCAAACACUGCUUUUGCUCAACGGGCUGCUGAAAUCGCUUCAAAGAAGACUGCAAAAUUGUAA